CCUCACUUUGUAAGUUUGUAAACAGCUGAUCUAUCUUAUUUACGUUUUUUUCACAUUGAAUUAUUUAUUACAACAAGGAAAAAUAAUCGUGAUUAAAGAAUAUUAGAAACUAGAACAAAUUUUCAUACGCUAAACUAAAAUAUAGUUCAGUGAUAUGCCUCCGAAAAAACAACCAGAAAAGGGUAAAGCCGGUGGAAAUGCCAAAUCGGGUGGAGGAAAAUCUGGUGGUGAUGCAAAAGAAUCGGCUGGAAAAGAGAAAAAAGGCGGGACAGCUGUCAAAGUCCGUCAUAUAUUAUGUGAGAAGCAAUCAAAAUGUUUAGAAGCCUUGGAGAAAUUGAAAGCUGGACAAAAAUUCCCGGAUGUUGCAUCCGCGUACAGUGAGGAUAAGGCGCGGCAAGGUGGGGAUCUUGGCUGGAUGACCCGUGGUUCGAUGGUGGGCCCAUUUCAGGAUGCGGCAUUCGCCUUACCAAUAUCUACAGUCAAUAGCCCUGUGUACACCGACCCUCCAAUAAAAACCAAGUUUGGUUAUCAUAUCAUAAUGGUAGAAGGCAAAAAAUGACAGACAUGGUGUUUGAAUUUGAGUAUUUUUGGGCGAUACUUCUGUUAUUCAUUAUGGAAAGGAUAUGUUGUCUUCAGGAGCAGUUUGACAAAGAUUUCUCCAUAUUACCAGACCCUCAAAGGUCUAAUGACUCCCUAAAUAGUAACAUGGAAGAGUUUGCUAACAGAGAGUAAGUAUUUACUUGAUGAUUUAUGAAUCAAUGAGUUUAACAUGAUCCAUGACAAAAUGAAAAUCAAUUGUAAGUAGUUCAAAAUGAAAUUGAAAAUGAAAUUAAUUAUUUUUCAUUGUUUCCAGUUUUGGUUUAAAACUAAGCUUUCUUCGUCUGUGUCGUUUAAUGCAUGUCACAAUGCUCCUGACUCUUGUCUAUUUCUGCAAUGUCUGCCUCUGGUUCAUAAUGACCAAGAAAUCAUCGCCCAGGUCUCUGAGAUACAGGUUUAAAGUUGCAAUACCCUCCUCAUAACAACUUAAUGUACUAUAUUUAAAUUUUAAAUAAUAAAAACAGUAAAGCAAAAUAUUUUUAUUAAUAAAUAUGCAACCUACUUAACUUAUUGUCGCUGGUUUAAAAGUAGUGCAAUAAAUUUUAUUUGUAAGUGAAAUAAACACAUUUAUUGUCUUGA